AUGUUCGCAGGGUUGGAAUUGUUGGUGUUGGUGGAAUUGGUAAGACUACCCUUGCAAAGGCUCUUUUCAGUAGAAUAUCCAACUGCUACGAACUACGAAGCCAGCUGCUUCAUUUCCAACUGGAGGACAAAGGCGAUGGAACAACCCAAUGCACUUGUCUUUCUGCAAAAUGAACUGAUUCGUGGCAUAUUCAAGGACAAAGUUAAACCAGUGAACGAUGUGGAUGAAGGGAUGGAUGUGAUCAGGAGCAAAAUCCAAAGCAAAAGACUUCUUCUUAUUCUGGAUGAUGCUGAUCAAACAAAUCUUAUAAGUGCAUGGGCUGGAGAACGGUAUUCCUUUCAUCCCGGUAGCAGAAUUAUCAUUGUGUCCAAAGAUGUUGAAGUACUUGGGAAGAACAAGGUCUAUGAGCGGGAGAUCUGCCAGUUACAGAAGCUAAGUGAGGACGAAUUUGUGGAGCUCUUCAACUUUUAUGCCUUCGGGAGAGAUCAACCCCAUAAGCAAUACCAAGAGAUGUCAAAGAGAAUUGCAUCGUCUGUGGGUGGUCUGCCCUUAAAUCUUAAAGUGUUUGGGUCAUUCUUCUCAGAUUGCAGGAAUAUAAGCAGAUGGGAAGAGGUGCUAGAAAAGUUGACCUUCCAUGGUAACGCACAGGAGGACUCAAUUCAGAGCACCAAUUUGGGCCAGAAUGUAGGACCAAUUGCUGAACAAGCCUUCGGCUCUACCUCUUCUCCAAGCAGAGACGGAGAGUCAAGGCAAAAUUUGGAGACACCCAUGCGACCAUCCAUGGCUCCUGACUCUUCUUCAAACAGGGAUGCAAACACAGGCAGGACAUUGGACCCAACUGGAGGCCCGACCUCCGAUGGAGAUUAUGACUCGGAUCGAAAUCCAGAUGAUCCAGAUCGGCUUGAAAAAAUUAUUGACAAACUGGAUGCAACUGCUAGGGAGAUAUUUCUUGAUAUAGCAUGUUUCUUUAUUGGAAUGAAUAGAGAAAACGCAAUGCAUAUCUGGAGAGGUUGUGAAUUUUCAGGAGGUACAAACCCUGACAAGGCAAUUCAAGAGCUGCUAAGAGUGCAGCUUGUGAGUAUAAAUAUAAAAGAUGAUACAUUUUAUAUGGACGAAAAGACAAAAGAGAUGGGAAGGAAAAUGGUCGAAAGGGAGGAUGAGGAGCUUGGAAGACGUAGCAGAUUGUGGGAGCAUGAGAAGAGCUUGCAUGCUAUGCAGUGGAUGAAAUCCCUUACUUGUUCUUCUUCUGCAAAAGAGGUGAGAUGUGCUUCUAACUGCGUCACUGUGAGAUCAUAUACACGUGACCGCUUUCUAAUGUGGAACUUAUAUUUCAACGAGCAGGAUUUUGAGAACUUGAAAGUUCUUGAGCUAAAGAGCAGCGAGAACCAAACUGCAUUUCCUGAUUUGUCUAGCUUCCCAUGCCUAGUGAAAUUGACACUUGAUGACUGCUGUCGCUUGGCCGAAGUUCGCACAUCUAUUGAGCGUCAGCGGGAGUUGACUUACUUGAAAAUUAGGAACUGUUCCAUCUUACAGAGUUUGCCUGCCAAUUUUUCAUCUUUGCUUUCUUUUAAGAUUCUUGACCUUUCUGGGUGCUCCAGCCUUUCAGAUUUGCCGGGUGAAGUUGGAAACUUACAGUCACUGAUGGAGCUUCUACUUUCUGGAACUUCUGUAAAAGUUAUACCUGAUUCCAUAAAUCAGCUAAGGAAACUGGAGCGACUGUUGUUGGAUAAUUGCAAGGCACUUACUAAAUUGCCUGGGUCCCUGGAAGGAUUGAAGUCCCUGCAAGAACUAAAUGCCAAGAAGUGCACAUUACUGGCUACACUGCCGACUUCAAUUGUUAAUGUUUCAAAUUUAACCCAUCUGCUUCUAGAUGGCACAAAGAUCGAAGAGCUUCCGUCUUCGUUGACCAAGCUUCUUUGUUACGAUUGCACUGCUUUAGAGAGAUUAGAAGACGUUUCGAACUUGGAGAAUUUAAUCGAGCUCAAUCUCACUGGCUGCACAAGACUUGUUGAGAUCAAUGGCAUAGACAGUUUGGCAGCCCUGAGACGCUUUCACAUGAGCGGAUGCAGGAGGCUUAGUAAUGCUUCCAGAAACCAACUUGUCCAGAAAAUUUUUGAACACCUUGAAAGUUUCUCCAUCCUGGGAGGCGAGAUUCCCAACGCGUUCACCAAUCGACAGCUAUCCUAUGAAGUGCCAGUCUCGCUUGACGUCCGGGAGGGAAUGGAAUUGCUUCUAUGCCUGGUGGUUGCCGUCGAAGAGCAAGCAGGAUGCUGGGAACCAAACAUUAAAGUCGAAACAGAGGCAGAAGGGGAGAAGAUUGUGAAGUUGCCGGGAGUUGCGUUAUCCAGCAAAGACGACAACCUUUGCUUGUGGCAUUACAAGGAGGCUGACCGGGUGUUCCCUCGUGGAAACGUGAAGAUCACACUAGUGCACCAUGAGUGGAUAAAAGACGAGGUGAGGAAUGGUGGCCUUUGUGAGCCCGAAAGGGAAGUAGAAGCAGCAAACCAGGAUGGGCAACAAGCUUCUGUCUUUGAAUGCAUCGCACGCUGUUGCAGGACAAGCAAUACAGCUUGAUGGAAUUCAAUCUAUUGGCACAAAGGUGCAGGAUUGUGCCUGACCCCAAAUUGGCGAUCAAAGGGGAAGGAAAAGGGCAGAAGUGGAACUAGCACUAGAUUGCGUUGGAACUGCACGGUGAAGGUCGCGAAAUACUAAA